AUGGUCCGGAAUAAAAAGCACCUAGCUCUAGAGUCGGCGGGUGUCAGCUCCCCUCGCCGGUGCACGGGACCGAUGGAUGAUUUUAUAGCUACGCCGUCGGAUCUAAGGGGACAGCAGCAUGCGUCCAAGAUGGCGCCCGCCUCUCCGGGCUCGGAGAGUGCGGGGGAAUCCCUGGUGGAGGAUACCCAGGCGAGUGACUUAGCUCGGAUCCGAGCCGAACGAACCCAAAUCUCCACCAACAUGUUGUCCAAGACGGACACGGGCUCCCUAGUACAAGAACUCCGGGCGGCACUGCGUGAAGAGCUUGCAGGCCUCCGCUCUGAUUUAACAGCGCUAGAGCAACGAGUGGAUGAAAUGGAGUCGACAGCUCGCGGAUGUGAAGAGCAGCAUAGGGCGACGGAGGUGGCUGUUACCAGACAAGGGAACAUGCUCCUCACGAUGCGCAGACAAGUAGAAGAUCUGGAGAAUAGGAGCAGGUGCAAUAACAUAAGAGUCCGCGGCCUCCCUGAGUCAGGCACAGAAUCGCUUCACGCCACGCUGACCGACCUAUUCAGGCAGCUCCUGGGGAUACAAGCCCCUGACACGAUACACUUCGACCGAGCGCAUAGAGCUCUUGGCCCGGCGAGACAAGACGGCAGCCCCAGGGAUGUGAUCUGCUGCAUUUCCACGAGUGGCCUGCGCGAUAAAAUAAUGGCAGCCGCAAGGGAGCUCCCCAGCAUCAGGUACCGCGAGGCAGAAGUCGCACUAUUCCAAGACUUAUCCAGCCUAACGCUAGAUGCCAGAAGAGCCUUGCGCCCGGUGACAAGUGCCCUUCGUGACAAAAGGAUCCCGUAUCGCUGGGGUUUUCCCUUUAGCUUACAGGCGAGGCACGGUAACGCCUGGCUGACGGCCCGCUGGCCGGAGGACGUACCGAGAUUUCAGAGAACACUUGGCCUACCACAGAUCAGAAUCCGAAACUGGAUCCUCGACGAAGCAAUCUCUUCACGGAGAGACCCGCUAG